AUGAACACCAGCACCGUCAAGAGCCGCUUCCUUUCUCACCCCGAGGACCUUGGUAUUGUCACCGUAGGCUUCUCGGGCGGUCAGCCCAAAGCCGGUGUGGAUGCAGGCCCUACUGCACUCAUCGAGUCUGGACUCUUGACCCAGAUUCGAGAUGAGCUUGGUUACAAGCUGCACGGUGAUGAGACAGUCAAGUUCUACAAUGACCUGACUCCCGCGUCCGACCCCGACUACCGUGGCAUGAAGAACCCUCUCCUUGUCUCGGCUGUCACAAAAAAGAUUGCAUCUGAGACAUACGAGCACUCUUCCAAGGGCCGCCUCACGCUGACGCUUGGCGGUGACCACAGCAUUGCCAUUGGCACCAUUGCUGGAACUGCCAAGGCCACGCGUGAGCGCCUGAACCGCGAAAUCGCCGUCAUCUGGGUUGAUGCGCACGCCGAUAUCAACACCCCCGAGACGAGCGACAGCGGCAACAUCCACGGCAUGCCUGUUGCCUUCCUUACCGGCAUUGCCAAGGAGGAGAAGGAGGAGUACUUUGGCUGGAUCCAGGAUGACAUGCGCCUGAGCGUCCGCAAGCUUGUGUACAUUGGUCUGCGUGACGUCGAUGCUGGCGAGAAGCGCAUCCUGAGAGAGCAUGGUGUCAAGGCAUUCAGCAUGUUCGAUAUUGACCGCCACGGAAUUGGCCGUGUCAUGGAGAUGGCCCUUGCCCACAUUGGCGACGACACUCCCAUCCACCUGUCUUUCGACGUGGAUGCUCUCGACCCCAUGUGGGCGCCCAGCACUGGUACUCCUGUGCGAGGUGGCCUUACUCUGCGUGAGGGUGAUUACAUCUGCGAGGUGGUUCACCAGACCGGCAACCUGGUCGCCAUUGACUUGGUAGAGGUGAACCCAAGCCUUGCAGCCACCGAAGCCGGAGCACAAGAGACUGUCAGAGCCGGUUGCUCUCUGGUGCGCUGCGCACUCGGCGAGACCUUGCUGUAG